AUGAUUGAAAUAAAUAAAUAUUUUCAAAAUAUAAUUCUAAUAUUCGUUCUUAUAACAAAUACAUCAACAACAAAUAAUCUUCUUCGUAAUGGAGAUUUUAGUCAAUUAGAUCUAAAUGGACAACCAACUAAUUGGAAUAUUCAUCUUGGACAAGGAAAUAAUUCCAUUAAAAUCUUACCUAAAAAAUAUUUAUCAUUUAAUGUUUUACAAAUCUCAGUUUAUACAAAUCAAAUCUUAGUUACAUUGACUCAAACAAUUCAAUUAGAACAAAAUACAAAUAAAACUCUUCUUCUCAUAUCAUUUUGGUAUAAAACAUGGAUUAUUUUUAGUUCUGGAAGUAUUCGAUUAGAAUUUUAUGAUAAAUUAAAUAAGAAAAUUUCUAAUGAAUAUUUAAAAUCUCUUUCAACUAAUCUCACAUGGACUUCAAUUCAAAUAAAAAAAUCUCUUUCGACUAAUGCAAUCUCAGCUAAAUUCAUAAUCAGAAUGUUUAAUUGUUUAGGAAAUGUUUUAUUUACAAAUAUUUCCAUUGAACAAAUUCAUUCUUUCACAAAUCCAACAUUUCUUAUUUAUCCAAAACAAGAUGGAACUAUUUUUCUUCAAUGGAAUUUCACCAAUAAGAAAAAUAUUCAUUAUUAUAAUAUUUAUCGAGGUAAUGGAAUCUUAUCUAAACUUAAUUAUACGAUUUUUCUAUUAAUAACUAUUCCAACAAUGUUUGCAUAUGGAAAUAAUAUUUAUGAAUCAAUGUUUACAGAUCAUUUCAUUGAAUUAAAUACAAUUUAUACUUAUCAAGUCAUUGGUUAUGAUUUAAAUCAAACAAUUCUCAAUAAAACAAUUCUUAAAAUAGGUGAAGUGGAUUCAAAAAGAGAAUAUAAUAAUAUUACUUUAUUUAUUGCUUUUCCAAGAUCAAAUGGAAUUCAUCUUUCUUGGAAACUUAAAUCAACAAGUUUAGCUAAAUUUAUUCUUAUUUAUAAUGGAAUUGAUUCUAUAUCAAAGAUUAAUAAGAAACAACUCAUAGGGAAUUAUUCAACAGAUAAUAUCAAAACAAUUAUUUCAUUAUCAUAUCAAGGUCCAUUUCUUUUGGUAUCUGAUGAUAAAAAUGAUAUCGCUACUGUUCAACUUGCUAAUUUAACACGACCACGAAUAAGUUUAACAUCAACACAUCUUGAAUUUAUUCGAAAGAAAAUAAAUGAAACAAAACAUGCAAAAGAUAUUUUUAAUCAACUUAUUAAAAGUAUUCAUUUCUAUAAACCAAAUAAUACAUUUAAUUAUUGUUGGCCUGCAAGAGAUGCAGCGUUACUUUAUGCCAUUACAAAUAAUAUCACUUUUAUUAAUUUCACACAAAAUUUAUUAAAUAUGAAUAAAAUUAAUUAUACCAUUUAUGAUAAUUCAGCUAUUAAACUUCGUUUUAGUUUUAGUACAAUGGCUCGUGCACAAGCUUUUGAUUGGGCAUAUCGUGGAUUUAAUUUCGAACAAAGAAAAUUAUUUAUUCAAGAUUUUCAAUAUGCGGCAUCAAUAUUUUCAUCUUAUUCAGAUGAUCAUUCAAAAAAUAUCAAUGAUAAAGCAAGUAAUUGGAUUGGAAUUGUGAAAUCAAGUGAAUUAAUUCAACAUCUCACUCUUUACGGUGAACAAGAUUAUCCAAAUGAUCAAGCUGAAAGACGAAUUUUAUUUCUUCUCAAUGAAAUACAAUUACAUCUUCAACAUUCAUAUAGU